GCAUGCUUCUGCCAAGUCCUUUUUAGCCACCACCUGAGUCCGCUUACAGUGGAGAGCGCGGGCGGGAUUGUAGUCAAUCCUAUUUAGACAAAAGUUCGCCCUAUCUGCUUCAAAUUUUCAAGAUGCCGUCUGACGCUAAGAAAAAGAGAGAUGCCAAAAAGAAAGAGGCGGCAAAAUCUCGCGGACAGAAGAAACCACAGAAACAAGAUGAGCUUGACGCUGAAGAAAAUGGAGAAAAUGGAGUUAACGGUGAAAUGAAUGGUGCCUCAGAUGAUAGCGCGUUGGCUGCCGCUGUGGAUGAGCUCUCUUUGGCAGCCAAACAUCGUUCUUGCACAGGUGUCUUGGCUUCUCACACAGACAGCAGGGAUUUACAUAUUCAUAACAUGUCCAUUCUGUUCCACGGAGCAGAGCUCCUCAUGGAGUCUACUCUUGAACUGAAUGUGGGACGACGAUAUGGACUUAUUGGUCUCAAUGGCUGUGGUAAAUCUUCCCUCCUGGCUGCUUUGGCGGCCCGUGAAGUACCUGUUCCACACCACAUUGACACCUUUUUGUUACGUCGAGAGAUGCCUCCUUCCAACAAAACUGCCCUGGAAAGUGUAAUGGAAGCUGAUGAAGAGCGACACAGACUGGAGAGAGAAGCUGAAGAACUGGCUCACAACCCAGACCCUGAGGCUCAUGAGAGACUGAUGGACGUGUACGAGAGGUUAGAUCACAUGGAUGCGUCAAAAGCGGAGACAACUGCCGGUAACAUUUUGCACGGCCUGGGAUUCUCACGGACAAUGCAACAUACAAAAGUGAGUGAUUUCUCUGGAGGUUGGAGAAUGAGAAUUGCUCUGGCCAGAGCACUUUUUAUACGACCGUCCUUGAUGUUGCUCGAUGAACCUACAAACCAUUUAGACUUGAACGCUUGCGUAUGGCUGGAGGAAGAACUGAAGACAUAUCCCAGAAUUCUUGUGAUUAUAUCUCAUUCCCAAGAUUUCCUCAACGGUGUUUGCACAAACAUCAUCCACAUGCACCAGAAGAAGCUGAAAUACUUUGGUGGCAACUAUGACAGCUAUGUACAGACUCGGUUUGAGCUGGAGGAGAAUCAGAUGAAGAGGUACAAGUGGGAGCAGGAUCAGAUUGCCCACAUGAAGAACUACAUCGCUCGCUUUGGUCACGGCAGUGCCAAGCUGGCCCGACAGGCUCAGAGCAAAGAGAAGACGCUGAAGAAGAUGGUGGACAGCGGGCUCACAGAGAGAGUGGCGUCUGACAAGACCGUGGCUUUCUACUUCCCUAGCUGUGGGGAAAUCCCUCCACCUGUCAUCAUGGUGCAGAAUGUCAGCUUUCACUACGAGGAGGGGAAGAGGCACAUCUACAGGAACUUGGACUUUGGUGUAGAUCUGGACACCCGUGUUGCCCUUGUCGGCCCCAAUGGUGCUGGGAAGUCGACAUUGCUGAAACUCAUCACAGGAGAGCUCAUCCCAACUGAUGGUCUGAUACGAAGACACUCUCAUCUGAAAAUUGGUCGCUACCAUCAGCAUUUAGGUGACCAGUUGGAGCUUGAUAUGUCUGCCCUUGACUACAUGAUGAAGUGUUACCCAGACAUCAAGGAAAGGGAAGAAAUGCGCAAGAUCAUUGGACGGUUUGGACUCACUGGGAUGCAGCAGGUGUGCCCUAUACGAAACCUGUCGGACGGCCAGCGCUGCCGCGUGACAUUUGCCUGGCUGGCGUGGCAGUGCCCACACUUGCUGCUGCUGGACGAACCCACCAAUCAUUUGGACAUUGAGACAAUCGACGCGCUGGCCGAGGCCAUCAACGAGUUUGAAGGGGGCAUGAUUCUAGUCAGUCACGACUUCAGAUUGAUAUCUCAGGUGACGGAGGAGAUCUGGGUCUGCGAGAAGGAAAAGGUGACCAAGUGGGAAGGCGACAUUUUCUCUUACAAACAGCACCUGAUCAAAGAGACACAGAAAGAGAACGCCAAGCUGGCUGUAUGAGGACGGGAUCCUUUAGGGCAACCUCCAUUAGCCAAUCAAUUGGACUACAACUUUUGUUUUGUGAUUGUGUUUUGAACUCACUAAUAAUGCAUGGUAUUUAUUAUACAAUAGGUGGUUCUCCCUUUUUGACUCUGCUACCUUUUUCUGGACCUAUAUUUUUACAUGUCCCGUCGUCCUCGCGCGAUCCCAACAGUGAAAUUGUCAGGUGAAGUAACGUAAGAUAUUGCCAGUAAAACAUUUGUUAGCAUUAAAACUUUUAUCGCUUGAUUGUGAAGGGGGCUCAGGAAAAGUGGCCACAAUUAAAACAAUUUUAAAUCAA